GGCGGAAUGGCCCAGCUCACCCCCCUGGCGGAUGUCGAUCACGCUUGAGGUACUUCUUCUCUUCGAUCACUGUGGAGCCUGCGCUGCUUCUGUACAUGCUGGCGUAUGGCCUUUGCUUUGUGUACACCACGCAAAUGUGGGUGGAGAAGAUCUGCUACUUCCAUUUUCACUACGACGAAGAAAUUUGCAAGAACCUGGACACGGGCAUGUACCCCGAGGAGCAGGGCGCCGUGCACCGCAUGACGACGCGCUACAACGUGCACAACCACCUCAUCGAGUACCUCCCGGCCGCCCUCAUUGUCCUCGUCCUGGGCGCGUUGAGCGACAACCGCGAUCGCCGCCUACCUAUCAUUAUUCCCAUGGUAGGAAUAGCUAUCAUGAAAUUAGGCCUUGCAGCUAAUGCCUACUGGUGGACGCUCCCUCCGGACUACAUCUUGCUCGCCUACAUCCCCGUGGGCUUAACGGGCGCUGCCAUGACCAUAUUCAUGGGCGGAUACGCCUAUGUCGCCGUGGCCUCAGGACAGCGGGCGCGCACCUCUCGCAUCUCUAUGAUCGGGUUGGUGUCGGUGCUCGGGGCCACGGUGGGACAGUUGCUCGGGCUGCUAGUAUACGCCCGCUGGGGGUACGUCGGCGUGUUCUUGGUCGGGGCGCUCCUGCUGGGUGUCGCGGCGGUCUACGGACUCGCAAGACUCGAAAAGAAACCCGGAGCAGGUGACGAGGUCGAGCUGCGUCAAGACAGGUCAAUCCGGGAAAUUCUCUCUCUUAUACAGCUGAAAGAGACACUGCUGACGCCCUUCAGGAGGCGGAGAGACCAAGGACGACGUCACGUCAUCGGCCACAUCAUUGCUAUCUUACUCUUCAUCUCCACUUACGGAUCCCUCAACUAUAAUUUUCUGUACACUCGGAUAAGGUUCUCAUGGGAUUACAAAAAUUUCACCAGAUGGUCGAUAACGGACACCUGCCUCCUGUCUCUUGGCCCGUUGGUGGUUGUGCCUGUCAUGAGUUACUUGUGGCAGAUGGAGGACUCCCUAAUUGGCUUCCUCGGCGCCGUGUCCUUGCUCUUCGGCUCCGUCCUCCGAGGCACCGCCUACGCCGAUUGGAUCCUCUAUUUAGCGUCAGUUAUAGGCCUAGGACAAGGGCUAAUCAUCAUGGCCUCAAGAGGUGCCAUAUCGAAAACGGUGAAUGAGGAAGAAACAGCCAAGAUAUUUGCAGUUCUUGGGGCAUUCGAGACCGGCGUCCCAGUUCUCUCGGCCUUUGUUUACACUGCUAUUUACAACAGCUCUCUCGAGACAUUCCCUGGAGCCAUCUACACCUUCACGGCCCUCAUAGCUGUCGUUAUCUGUUGCUUAUAUGUUUCCCUGUACGGCAGACAAGCUACGGAGCGUCAAGAUGAAAAUGGUCCAUAAUUAAAAGGAGCCACAGCGGUGAUUCCCAACCAGAGAUCCCAUGGCCUUCGUCAGAGGUUCUGCAAGACAUUAUGGAAUUAACAUAUGAAAUAAAAUAAAAUAGCGGAUAUAACCCUAGCCCCGCCCAGAUGCUCUUGUGAAGAGCAAGAAA